AUGAGCUAAUACCUUCUUUAUUAAGCCCCUUAGGCAAAAUAAAUAAUUUCCUUUCCUAUUACACUUAUCGAUGGCACAAAAUCAAUGAAAAGAGAAUAUGCCUCAAUUCUUAAAGUAUAUUUUGAAGUCUUUUAAGAUUUUAAUGAAUAAGAAAGAUAGCAAUUUUAAUGGACCAAAAGUUUAAGUUAAUCUUUAACUUUUCUCGAAGAUGAUUUUGGUGAUUUAACAAUAUCUUUGAAAUAAAUGCUUUUGAAUUUAUUAUAAUUUGAUUAUCCUUCAUAUGUGACAAUCAUUUUGAUUACAGAUGGCUAGGAACCUUUUGAUUAUGAAUCCUUAUAAAAUUUAAUUUUGGAAGUAAAAUAAAAGUAUUCUGUUUAAUUCAUUACUAUACUAAUUAGUGAAAAACCAGAGCAUUUAAAGAUUAUGGAAGCAUUAAAAAUGCUUUGCAAAUCAGAGAAUGAAAAUUAAAUACUUCAAUACUUUAUAUAAAGAUCAAAAAGAAAAAACAUUUUUGAAAUUUAAAAUGAAUUUAGGGAAGUUUUCAAUAAAAUUAAAGAGCAAUUAGUUGUGUAUGUAAAAAAGAUUAAGAUUAAUUAAAAAGUUAGAACUUUAAUUAUCUAAAAAGAAUAAGAAUUAAUUGAUGAAAUUAAUCCAGGUUGCUUAUUUUUAGCAGAUAAAAAUUUGACAAUAAAAACAGAAAAUGAUAUAAUUAAAAAUACAACAUCUGCAUCUCAUAUUUUUUAAAUUUUACAGAGUUCAUUUUUAAAUAUAUUGAAAGAAUAAGCAGAUUUAAAAGUAGAAUGUUCAGAAAUAUUGAAAGUUAUUCAUGAUUUAUUAAGUUAAGCUGAGUCUUCUAAAGAUUAAUCAGAUGAAUAUUAAGCAAUCAAGUUAAUUUUACAAAUUAUUAAAUCAAUUAUUAAUGAUGCUUUUAAUUUUCAAUAAAUUGAUGGGAAAAUAUUUGAAAAUAUUUUUACUGCUGUUUAGAGUGGUAAAAUAAAUUUAUUAAAGGAAAUAUCUAUGAUUAAUUAGAGUGAAAGUAGUGUUUUAAAAAUAAAUCAAAUUAAUUAACAAAUGAUCAUAAGUUUUGGUUAAUUAUUAAAUGAUAAUAAUUUGUAAAGUAUUUCAUUCGAAUUUUUCUUUUAACUAAAAACUAUAAUUUUUAAGACAUUAUAGCUACACGAAGACAUUUUUUUAUCAGAAUUCAAAUAUUUACAAAAUUAGAAGGAUCACCUUAAUAAUUUUAUCAAGAUACUCAAAACUUAAUUGGAGAUAGUUUUUAAAAAAAUAACUAUUGAUUUUAAGGAUAUCAAUUAAAUUUAACAAUUAUUUAUAUUGAAUAAUUUAAUAAAAUAGUUAAAUUUAAUUCAGAAUGAAUGUUAAAGUCAAUAAUUUCUUUAGUCUCUAAGAUAAUUAUUAGUUAAAUUUUAAGAAAAUGAAAACUAACAAUAAAAUGAAGGAGUCUUAAUAUUUUAUAACAAUUUAACAGAAUUAGGUUUUUUAUAACAAUAUAAUGAUAAUUUUGAUAAAGAUGAUUAUCAAUCUUUUUUUGUACUUUUAAUUAAUAUGAAUGAAUCUAUGAAUUUAGAUAAAAAAAAUUUUUUAAUUAGUUAUUAUGAAGGUAUUAAAGAGAUAAAAAAUCAUAAAAGAAUCAUAAUAGGUUGGAAUGAUAUAAAAUAAAAUGGAGAGUAAAUGAUCUAAGAAUUUUAUUUAGUUGAUGAAUAACAAUAAUUGAAUAAUAAAUUCACUUCUUUAUUUGAAUUAUUUGAAAAAUAUAAAGAAAAUUUUAGAUUGAAAUAAUAAUUGAUAAAUUUAUGUAUUUUAACUGAUGAUGAUAAGAAUUUUUGGAGAUUAUAUUUACAUAUAAAGAUAUUAUAGAUUUCUUAAUACCAUAUUAAAUAGAUUUAUAUAGCAUUAGGAUUAUAAUUUAUGCUGUUUCUGGGUUAAGAAAUUGAUAAAUUUAUAAAAUAAUUUGUAAAAUAACAGUAACCACUUAUUUUUAAUAUUCCAAAGAAUAGAUCAUUGACUCUAACUUAAAAAUAAUAAGGUGUAAACAAAUUUUUAAUAAAAAUAUUCCAAGAGAUAGCUUAGAAAUUUAACCAAAAAAAAUUGUGA